UUUCGCGAUUGGCAGCUGCUCGAGAGUCGUAGUAGUACCACCUCCGACGACAAACCGACGAUGCUCGACCGUACCGCCACGACCAAGGGCGUCCUACGCUGGCGCUGGGCGGUUCUAAAGGACCAGGUCUACGAAGACGGCUUCCACAAGACUGCAAUGCAGAACAAGGUCAACGACGUCAAGAACGACGUGCUCUCGCGGCCGGCGACGACGACGUUCGAGGACUUGACGCGGGCCCUCGGCUUUGAGCUGCGCAAGAGCCAGCGCCAGCGCACCAUGGCGAGCUGCAUGGACCUCGACGUCCGCCUCCGCCUCGUUGUCGCCGAGGCCCGCGACAAGGACGGGCCCAUCAUGGUCGCGCACGUCUUCCGCUCGUCGCACACGCCGACCGACCGCAACUACCGCCAAGCCGGCCGCGCCGCGCUCGCCGGCGACUUUCUCAUCCACGGGUAGCCAUCCCUUGCAUCUUGAUCGAGGAAAUGCAGGCAGCGACUUGCUCCGA